CUCAAUAUGUCUUCUGCAAGCAAGGGUGGUAGGAAAGCCGUCGUUGAUGCGGCGUCAUGGAUGUUCAAUGUGGUCACUUCUGUCGGAAUAAUCAUGGUCAAUAAAACCCUCAUGGCUACCCAUGGUUUUAGUUUUGCUACAACGUUAACCGGUCUGCAUUUUGCCACAACAACCUUGUUGACGACCGUCCUCAAGCGGCUGGGUUAUAUCCAGACCUCUCAUCUACCAUUAUCUGAUCUCAUCAAAUUUGUGCUGUUUUCCAAUCUAUCCAUCGUGGGAAUGAAUGUGAGUCUGAUGUGGAACUCCGUUGGAUUCUAUCAGAUAGCUAAGCUGAGUAUGAUCCCGGUAUCUUGUUUCCUGGAGGUUAUAUUGGACAAGGUGCGAUACUCGAGGGACACAAAGCUGAGCAUAGCAUUGGUUUUGUUGGGCGUUGCCGUUUGCACAGUCACCGAUGUAAGCGUGAAUGCCAGGGGCCUCUUAGCAGCUUCGGUCGCUGUUUGGAGCACCGCACUUCAGCAAUAUUAUGUGCAUUCUCUUCAGAAGAAACACUCUCUUGGAUCAUUGAACUUGUUAGGCCACACGGCACCGGCACAGGCAGCGAGUCUGCUUGCGUUAGGUCCUUUUCUGGACUACUGGCUGACCAACAAACGAGUUGAUGCUUAUGACUAUAGCGUGACACCCAUACUGUUGACCAUUGUGUCUUGCAGCAUCGCGGUUGGGACAAACCUGAGCCAGUUCAUCUGCAUUGGGAGGUUCACGGCUGUAUCAUUCCAGGUGAUAGGGCAUAUGAAGACGAUUCUGGUUCUGAUUUUGGGAUUCAGUUUGUUCGGAAGAGAGGGUCUAAGUGUGCAGGUGGUUUUGGGAAUGGUGGUGGCAAUAGUGGGAAUGAUAUGGUAUGGCGAUGCUUCUUCUAAACCAGGAGGAAAAGAGCAACCUAUCACCCUUUCCAGUGCUCCUGCGGCCAAAACACAGGAUUUCGCUGAGCUACCAGUCUCUUCUGAAUCCAAUCACAAGUUCUAG